AUGCGUUCAACGCGAACAGUGAAAUCUGUUGAUACACGAACAAUAAAUAAUAAUGAUUCUCGUGUUGUUCUUAAUGUUGGCGGAAUGAGAUUUGAAACUCAACGUGCUACAUUAAAAAAAUUACCAGCUACACGCCUUUCGAAAUUAACACCACAAUUAUCUUAUUAUGAUCCUGUAUUAAAUGAAUAUUUUUUUGAUCGGCACCCAGGUGUUUUUUCGCAAAUACUUAAUUAUUAUCGUACAGGAAAACUUCACUAUCCAACAAAUGUUUGUGGACCAUUAUUUGAAGAUGAACUUUCAUAUUGGGGAAUACAAAGAGAAGAAGUUGAACCUUGCUGUUGGAUGACAUAUACAAAACAUCGAUCAACACAAGACACUCUUCAAACACUUGAUUCAUUAGAAUUAGAAACAGUACGAUCAACAACGAAUGAUUUAAUAAAAAAAUUUGAUUGGGAAAAUGAUUUUCAACUAAUAACAUCUGGUCAUUUACCAAUAUACAAACGUAUUAGAAUGAUAAUAUGGCAAUUAUUUGAAGAACCAAGAUCAUCAACAAUAGCAAAAAUUAUUUCAUUUAUGUCGAUAAUAUUUAUUCUUUUAUCUAUAAUAACUUUUAUUAUUCGUACAUUAUCAAUAUUUGAAAUAAUUGAAUAUGAUUUUGUUAAUGUUUAUAUUAAUCAUAAUACAACUGACCAAACACCUGUAGAAAAUACACAACGAAGAAAUACAAUUUUUGGUUUUGAUCUUAUUGAAUGGACUUAUUUUCUUGGUACAUUUUUAUUCUUUUUUACAUAUAUCUUAUACAAUGCAUUAGAUUAUACUGGUCAUUAUGCAUCAUUAGAUCUUCUAUCGACAAUACGUGUUGCACGUAUGUUUAAAUUAAUUAAUUUACAUCCACGUUUGAAAAUUAUAACAACAACAAUAACAUAUUCAACAGCAUUAUUAAAUUUAUCAAUAUUUUUUUGUGUACUUGUUAUUUUAAUAGCUGGUUCAUCAUUAUAUUAUGUUGAACGUAUAAGUAAUCCAUCUGAAAGUCAAAUAAUAUCAGUUAUUGAUGGUAUAUGGCUUGCAUUAACAACAAUAACUACACUCGGUUUUGGUGAUAUUGUACCAAAAUCACUUUUUGGUAUGAUACUUGGUGCAAUUACAACAAUAUUUGGUGUAUUAAUUAUUGAUUUACCAAUGCCAAUUGUUAAUGAAAUGUUCGAUAAUUUUAAUAGACAUUUAUUAGCUAGACAACAAUUGCCUAAACAGCGGAGACGUAUAACACCAGCUGUUAUACCAAGAAAAAUAAAACCAUUUGUGCCAUCAAAUGGACAUGUACAUCAUCAUUAA